AUGAAGAUCCCUCCCCUGCCGACGCGAGGCUCCCGGUCGGGCUCGUUUGCCGGGUUGAGCCUGGAUCUUAUCGACACGCACGUGGCCUUGACGGCGUCCAGGCCCGUGGUGGUGGACAAUGCUUCACCCGCGCGAGCGGAAGUACAGGUAGACGAAAGCGUGUUGCCUGUCCAUGCACGAGAGGAGGAGAGCAGAAGCAGAGCCGCAAGUAGAAGUGCGGAAGCAGUUUGCAAAACACAAAAUGAGAACAAACUACCACACGACUACACGAAGAAAUUGUUGCCGGAAGAAGUAGUGAAGAAUUCCGCUAAUGCAACAGCUUCUGCGGCGUCUCUUCACACUUCCGUGCAAGAAUCUCCGGAGCGUCAGUUUCUCGCGAGAUCCUCCACAGUGGGCUCCUCAUGUGCCGCCGGUGCCGCCAGCAGCGCUUUCAGUGCAAGUCGUACUGGCAACUACGAGCAGAUGCAGGAGACCACGGGGAGCGACGCUAUGAUCGAAGCACGGCGCAACAGCAGUACUUCUGCCAGGAACGGGGAUUACAAAGGCAGCCCCUUGAUGCGGUCUUCAACGGCAGGACAGUACGUGGGCCAGACCACUAGAACAACGAACAGCCCCCGGAAGCAGUCGCGCGCCCCGCGCGCACUGCAGUACCAGGCGAUCCGGGACUACCGGGAGAAAUCGCUCGUGUUGUCCCGUCGGGAGAGCAGCGGUUUGGACGCCGCACCACCACAUGCGGAUGAUUUUGACCAGGUGUGGGCACCGGGCUCUCUGAAUGGAAGUAGGCAUAUUAUGGCACCAGAAGAUGUUACUGGACGUCGAAGGAGGAGCAGCAUGACGAGCGUGGAUCCGUUUCAACAAGAUCUCGACGACGAUCCUCCUGCGCGUCUUCCCGAUGGUAGUAAUGUUGAAAAUGCGAGCAGAUUGACAAGUUCGUCUUCCACGACGAGCCUGUUUGUUCAUCAGCAGCGAGGAGAGCUGCAAAGCGGCCGACGGAGCGUGACCGGGAGCUCUCCUGGCGGUGAAAAACACGACCACCUCCGUGAGCGGUACUAUCCUAGUGCAGAGGUGGUCGGGGACACGAAGUAUCAGACGACAAGUAGCCGAAACUACUCCGCGGUCGGACCUCCGCUGGAGCAGCCGCUGCUUGCCCGUGGGGAAAAUGAAGGAGACGUAAACGAAGAAGAACCUGGUGACUUCCUCGAGGACGACCCGCGGGUCACGAUGAGUCAGAAUCUUUCCCUGCUGUCUCCGACGGCGUCGUUCGUGGGGAAACUUCUCCGCGAGUCCUCGAUGAAUUUGUCGCAAAUCUCGAGGUCCUACGCGACGUAGAAGGGGAGAAAUCUUCGCCAUCGCCGCCAGUUCGUGAUGCCUCUGUGCAUGUGGAUGAAAUGAAGUUUAUGCAAAUUAUCAAGUCAUGUUGCCUAAUAUAUCAAAACACGCAUUUACUUAUAAUUGUGUUGCAAAAUCAUGGUCGUGAUGGUCUAGGAGAACACCCGCAUUUUCGCCGGGAUAGGUCCGUGUCGCUGUCCCGGCUGCCGAGCAAGGAGCGGAAAAUUCCGCUGAAAGAUGUGUUUUUGGUGUUCGAUUUCACCAACAGCGAUAUUUGGUCCGUCAAGUCACUUUACCGCUACGCCCGGCUCUCGCUGCCAACGGCGUUCACGCAGCUCUUCACGGUGUUGCGCUACGAAAGCCUGCUCUUAGCGGUCUUGCUUGUCCAACAUCAGCAGCAGCAGAGUUCGGAGAUAUUUUCCCCUUCUUCUUCCUCUUGGGCGGGGGAUAGAUAUGCUACAACCCAACCACCUACAUCACAAGAAGCACUGGUAGGACAGUCCGCCGCAGCCUCACCUCACUCGGGAUUGCAACCGCCGGAAGUUCUUGUUGGGGGCCAAGAAGCAACCGCCAGUGCAUUAAAUCUUGCUGGCGAGGCCAACAUGUUCUUGAGCUCCAGUAGCAACACAACCCCCGUGGAUUUCUUGUUGCAGGUAAUCCUGACCAAUCUCUACACGUUAGCGCUGUUGAUUCCGCAGGGGGUGAGCUUUUUCCUCCUGCUCGCGAUCGGCGAGUACCUGGGGUCUGGGCGGCCGGAUAUUGCCGCGGAAUUGGCCCGUGUCGGCCCCACGUUCGCCGUCUUCGUCGCGCUGGCAAGCCAGCUGCUGUUCCUCAGCUUUGUCCGGGUGGAUGCGGUGAUGUUAGGGUCUUCAUACGACAGCGGCACAAGGCAGGACUCUUGGGAACAAAAAAUCGCGAAAGCGGCUGCAGGUGAAGAGGAUCGCACGGUAGAUUGUUUUGGCGCGACGAGCAGUACCCCACUUUCUGGAGCGUUUCCUUUUCCAGGACCUUCACCAGCGGCAGCCACAGUGUGCUCGCCCGACAGCACCACGUCGGGGAAGCACGGCGGUGUGUUCACGGCGGUGGCGUAUCGUCAGGGAAAAUAAUGCCUCCUCCCCAUAUUGAAAAGGCAUGCUUGUGAAAACUUUUGAUGCGUAUUUUUGGCCACAGGUCGCGCGUGUCUUGCAAAAGAGCGUGAAUUCAGAGCGUUUGCCGUAUUAUGCAGGCUAUUUUUUGCGGUGCUGCGUCUAUAAUAGAGCAGGCCUCUGCUAUGCUAAGAGCCUACGCCGAAACAUUAUAAACACCCCUGGCUACUUACGCAGGCCUAGGAUUAACCUGCAGACCCUCACUACAGGACAAAGCGGGUUCGUGUGCGCAAAUCGCGCGAGCGUCACAGAUUUCCAGUUGAGUAGGGGGAGGGGGAAGUUUUCAUUUUGAUAUGGGGGAGCUGCUGUUCAGCGUGUACCACGUGGAAGAAGCGUCCGCCGCCGACCUGGCGAGCACGCUGCAGGUGCUGUUCGCGCAGUUUCUACUCGAAACGUUGUCCCUCUCGUUCGCGAGCAUAAUCCGGGCCUGCGCUUUCUGGCGGACGGGGUUUCUCGUUUACGGGCUGCAGGUGCUGUGCAACCUGCCCGUCGUGCUGUUGCUGCAGCAGGUGGCGUUUCACUCGAAGGGGUCGAGUACAGCAGGUCGUGGUUUUGGAGCCGGUUUGCUUUCAAAAACAAAACCUCCAGCGAAAGCUUUUUCAUCUCCUGCUCCUGCCUCGAAGGACGAAACAGCGGCAGGCAGCAUGCAAAGUUCUUGCUCUAUUCUGCUGCCCAUUUGGACCGGUGCCUUGCUCUUGUCGGUUUGUGGUGCAGUGGUCUUCUACAAGAAGCUGAAAACCAUCGACUUUUUGCAACGGAGCGAGGCAGCGAGAAACCGACUUCGGAAGGAGUACUGGAGGCUGUGAACAGUAGCAGGAGGCCGUGCCUGUUUAUUGCUGCCGCUUACGUUUAGAAGAGGUUUGAGUUUCUGCAUGAGAAAUAAAUACCGACACACAAACUCAUUCUACGUGCAGUACAGUGCAGUGCGUUCCUUCGGUUUCUCCAUCAUCAUUUGCGGCAAGUCGUGUUUCUCGUGCUGGCUCGCCCGCAGGAGUGCGUUCCCCUGAUGGCACUUUCCGGUUCCCGGUGGUUCCAAACAGGUUUUCAUUUUCUGCAGCACUUAGAUUUAACUCCCUUAGUUGACCACGC